AUGCGCCCAACAAGAACAACAACUGCCAAAGUUUCGAACUACAACGAAAAUGAAAGUCUGGACUCUGACUUGUCUUUUGAUCAUACAGUGAGUAGUGAUGAGGAACUGGAGGAGUGGAGGCCUCCAGAGCCAAAAACUAUCAAGACUCCCAAAGAUCCUGCAGCCAGGGUGAAGAAAGUGGCAGCCAAGAGAACUGCUAAACCAAGAGUUCCCAAAGAACCAAAAGUGUCUCGAGCUCCAAAGCCAAGUGUAUCAAAAAAACCUGCCGCAAAACCAAAAGCUGCCGCCUCUAAAAUAAAGAAUCCUGGUGUGUCUGCAUCGUUUGGAACAGAGAAAAAAUGGACUGAUGAGAAUUGUUGUGAAAACAACAGCAAAACAGAGGCUGGUGAUUUAGAAGAAGGAACGGUUGACAAAAGUGGUUCCGAUAUUGGAAUGAAGGAAGAGAGGUUAUCAUUUAUUGUGUCAGAAGCCCACAAGACAGACGAAUGGGCUGCUGCAGGAUCAUCACAAGCUGGGCCUCCGCUAAAGAAGGAAGAAGCCACAGAGGAGGAUUUUACUUUUGAUGAGCCUUGUCUAAAGAAACAGAAGACCUGCCAGGGACAACGAACUACUUUACUAGAGCCCAAAGUACAGUCUCUCAAGAAUGAAUUCAGCAUGAACUGGGACAUGGCUGAGCUGCUUUCCUCUAUGGCGUGUGUAGAGAUGUGGGUGUGCAGAAAUAUCAUUAUGCUGCUACGUGAGGAAAAUACAAUUCCCUUUAUAGUGCGCUACCGAAAAGAGAUGAUCAACCACAUGGAUGCAGAUACUGUCCGUGAUGUCCAGAUGAUUUAUGAGGAGUUGUGUACACUUGUCAAAAAGACCCAGUCUGUGAUUCAGACCCUAAAGAAGGACGGAGUUUUGACACUUGAAUUGGAGCAAAGUAUCAGGAGCUGCAGAUCGGCCGAUGAACUGGAUCAUGUGUAUUCCCCUUAUAAAAAAGGCAGCAAACUCACUAAAGCUCGCAGGGCCAAAGCUUUGGGCCUUGAAGAAGCUGCCAUUGCGCUGAUGAACACACCACACACCCUGGAUCUAAGGGCAUGGGUAAAACCUGAUACUGAAGGUCUGUCAUCUGUAGAAGAAGUGGCUACAGGUAUGGCGCAUAUCUUGGCAGAUACGAUAGCCAAAGAUCCUGAGACACUCACUUACAUUAAGACAUUAUGUGAGAGGAGCUUUGUGACCAUCCAGUCAUCUGUGUCCAAGACUGCGCUAAAGGAAAAGGAACAAAAGCAGGCUGCCCAAGACCACAACAAAGCCAGGGUUGAGCAAAACAGCAAUAAGGACAUUGACAAGUUUCAUCUCUAUUUUGACUUCACUUGCAACAUCCAGCGCAUCCAAUCCCAUCAGACGCUGGCUAUAAACCGAGGGGAGAAUUUGAAGUUGUUGACGGUGAAGGUGAACAUUCCCGACAGAGUGCAGAAUGAUUUCACUCUGUGGUGCCUAAACAACAGGUGGAGGCCAAAAACAUUUGCCAGAGAAGAACUGCAGACAAUUAUUACAAAUGCAGUAAAAGACUCGUAUAAAAGGCUUAUUCUGCCUUUCCUCACCAGGAACUACAGGACUAAGCUAACAAGCGCUGCAGAAAAGGAGUCGAUUGCCAUGUUUGUGCGGAACCUCCGCCAGCGCUUGUUGGUCUGUCCAGUCAGGGGUUGCGUCAUCAUGGGAGUGGAUCCUGGGUUCAGACACGGCUGUAAACUGGCCAUCCUCUCCCCCACAGGUCAAAUUCUUCACGCUGAUGUUGUGUACCUGCAUAAUUCAGGACAGCAAAGAGAAGCAGAGAAAUUGCGCCACUUUAUGAUCAAAUACAGCUGUACCAAGGUUGUCAUUGGCAACGGGACUGCUUGCCGUGAAACUGAGUCCUUUUUUGCUGACCUCAUCUCCAGACGUUUUUUUAACCCUUUGGAUGUUUCCUACUGUAUAACCAAUGAGGCAGGUGCUUCCAUCUAUAGUGUGAGUCCUGAGGCGGUCAAAGAGAUGCCAGAUUUGGACCCAAACCUUAGAAGUGCAGUGUCUAUUGGAAGACGUGUCCAAGAUCCCCUGGCUGAACUGGUGAAGAUUGAUCCGAAACACAUAGGCAUUGGAACAUAUCAGCACGAUGUGUCAGCUGGAGCUCUGAAGGCAGCACUGGACGGAGUGGUUCAGGAGUGCGUGAGCUUUGUGGGGGUGGACAUCAAUAUCUGCUCUGAGACACUGAUGAGGCAUGUAGCAGGACUAAAUGCUGGCCGGGCUCGGAAUAUUGCAGAGUGGCGAGAGAAGAACGGUUCCUUCAUCAACAGAGAGCAGCUUAACCUAGUCAAAGGCAUGGGACCAAAAAGCUACCAACAAUGUGCUGGCUUCAUCAGAAUCAACCCUCAAACACUAAACAGUGUCAACUCCUCAUCUCAAUCUGCACCAGCAGCAUCAGAGAAACCACUGGCCAAGAAGAGCAAAGGAAAGACUGGAGCUAGCAUACCAACCUCAUUAAACCCUCUGGACCAAACCUGCAUACACCCUGAGUCCUACCAUGUGGCACAGAGGUUUUUGUCCCUUGUUGGUGGGAAUGUGGACCAAAUUGGAAGCACAGGUCUGCGGUCCUGUGUAGAGAGCAAAGUUAAGACCAGCUGUGUUGAGGAACUGGCCAAAGCAGUGGACACCACACCCGAGACCCUCAGACUCAUCAUAGAUGGCCUUACACAGCCCCCCGGGUUUGACAUUCGACAAAAUUUCGGGCAGGCGGACUUUAAGCGAGGCAUUGUGUCAAUGAGUGAUCUACAAGUCGGUGCGGUGCUGACAGGCCGGGUGGACAACACAACUCUGUUCGGAGCUUUCGUAGAUAUUGGUGUUGGACGCGCGGGCCUCAUCCAUAAGAGCAACAUCACUUUGAACAAACUGCCCAUCAGCAAGCAGCGGCGCAGCUUGGCUCUGGGGCCUGGGGAGCGGGUUGAAGUCCAGGUCCUCAAUGUUGACGCGCAAAGGGGACGGAUUGGGCUGGAUCUGAUCAGGGUCCUUCAAUAGAUCCAUUUCAUUCCUUUCUAUAUUAUGCUGUACGGUGACCAUACAUGUCACAAGGAAUUAAACUCAUGGCAA